AUGAGUUUGACGACAGAGCGAUGGAAGAGUGCCUCAUUCUCCGCCCUUCGCCGUCAAAGUCAAAGGCGAUUGGAUGAGAAGUUGUCAACCGCCGGGGUUGAGGUGGUGUUGGGCUCUAGAAUAGCUCUCGGCGACAGAACAUUGAAUGGUGCAACGUUUCGAACCUUUAUGUCUCCGCCAUCAUGGCCUGUUAGGAAAGUUAACAGAAUUAGUAUAUAAGCAACUAUACAU